UUAGUAUUUGGUAACGAAUGAAAUAUAGAGGGAACCAUUUACUUCGAUAUUUUCGUAUAAAUACCCUACGGUCGAUGGGCAAAGUCACCAGUUAUUUCUCUCCUGUUCAUUUAAUUAAGUCAAAUAAGCCAAACAAUACACCAAAAAUGGCCGCUAAGAUGAUCAUAUUCGCUGCCUGUGUGGCCACCACACUCGCCCAAUACGCCGCCCCGGCUUACCCAUCCCAUCACGCCGCACCCGCUUACUCCGCACCGAAGGCAUACGCCCCGGAACCCACAUAUGCCCCGAAACCUUACAGCUUCGAAUACAGUGUAAACGACCCACACACCUACGAUGUGCACAGCCAAUCUGAGCACAGUGACGGAUACGGCAACGUCAAAGGAACUUACAGCCUUUUGGAAGCCGACGGUUCCACCCGCGUCGUCGACUACACCGCUGACUCCUACGGUUUCAACGCUGAAGUCAAGAAAAUCGAAGGACACGGUUACAGCGCAUCCGCCCCAGCCUACAAAUCCACCCCGGCCUACAAGCCCGCUUACUCCGCACCAGCUUACUCUGCACCAGCUUACUCUGCACCAGCCUACUCUGCACCAGCUCACUCUUACGCCGCCCCAGCUUACAAACCAGCCCCAUACAAGGCAUACUAAUUUCCAAUCAAACCAUUCCGACUGUGUCACAACACCGAUCACUGAUCUGAAUUCCGUAGACGGAAUUCUGUCUGCGGGAAACGGCUUUGAUCCUCUCAUUGCCCGAACAUGUUUAAUUUAUUCAAUUGUUACAUUAUUUGUCAAAUAAAUAAUAAACUAUUUAUUUGAUUUAUAUUACAAA